CGCGUGGGAGAUCCACUGCUUAUGCUUUGAGGUCUGUGUGAAAAUGCCAGUUCAGGAGUUAAUUCGGCUGUAUUUCCAAAUAGGAUUUCAUUGUUCGAAGGUAUAAUCAACAGCAGGAGUUGUGCUCGCUGUGAUUAAGACAAGCACAAAGGAUGGCAGCAGAAGUAGAUUUAUUCUCGUUCCUGAAAAUGCGGAAUAUACCUGAUAGUGUCAUCAACCAACUAAAAGAUGACAAGAUCGACAUCAACGUCAUAGGUGUUAUGACAGAUGAGGAGUUAAGCAAGUAUAUCGUAAGAUAUGGGGACCGACUUGCGCUCAGAGCAUUUUGUCGUCAAAGAACUGUGACAAACGAAGAGCCGGGAAGAGCAGAGACAGUGAAGUCCUCUCUCAUGCAGAAAUUAAGAGACAGAUUAAAAACUCAUAACAGUGACAGAGAAGGCCCCGGUAUUGGCAAUAAACAUGCAGCCAAAGUCACCCGGCGGGUUGAAAUGGGAUGGCUCCACUUUGAGAGCGGAACUUAUCACCAGGUCAGAACGAGAAAAGGAGGAGGAACACGGAAUCUGUCGGUCCAGAAAUCAGUGACUAUGGGUGAACUGCUGGAGACAGACAAAGGCUUGUUUUUUCCAAAUGGGCAUUCAUCCAAAGGACCGACGGAAGACUUCGAGUUUGACAUUUGUGAUUAUUGUCACAAUUCUGUGUGCCAUGAAGUCACGGUGGGCCAGCUGUACGAACAGACUAAACUACGAAUGCUGCGCAUCUACACAACCACCAAGGCUAAAGACAUUAUACUUCUCUCUGAUGAAUCAUCGGACUUCGAGCCAACACAUAAGAGGCCAAUGAAGGCUAGGACAAUGAAGACACGAUCCUUGAGGAACAAGACCAGGAGAUGUCAUCAAGUGGAUCAUCCAGAGAGCUCCUCUGAUUUAGAUCUAGCUCCCAGUGGCUCAAUGCAGGAAAACCAUGAAAAAAGAGGAGAGACAAUCAGCCAGUCAAGAUCAGCAACUCCUGAGAUGGGUAACACAGAGGUCCUGCAUCCACGACCUUCUGAUGAUGUUGGCAGUCAUACUCAGCAGUCAACAAGAAGGCAUGGAUCUGAAGAUGACUGUUUAAAGCCUGUGCCAAAUCAAGAUGCAGACCAGAUGUUAAGUGAUGCCUCAGAUUCCCUUCUUGCUCCUGCCAUUCAACAAUCUCUUGAGGACUUUGAAGUGAACUUUGGACCCAUUGUUGGUGAUGAUAGUGAUAAUCAAGACACCACUCUUCCCUGGAAUCCACAUGACUUGAGCAGCAUGCAGCAUUCUACAUUCAAUGAUGGACCUGUAUCAUCAAGCUGUCUUCCAGCAUCACCAGAUCCAUUUGACAAAGAAAUCCUCCAUGUGAAAUUAAGACGAGUAAACAUAGUUGAUGAUGUCCUUAAUGUCUUCAUGGAUCCAAAAGUACUGAAUGCUAGUCUAAAAAUGGAGUUUACAAAUGAAAAAGCUAUGGACAUUAAUGGUGUGUCAAGAGAGGCGUACUCUGCAUUCUGGGACCACUUCUUGGACCAGUGUGAGGGGGAAGAUGAACGAAUACCCAGACUACAACCAGAUUAUUCUGAGAAGAAAUGGCAAGCUCUCGGAAGAGUGUGGUUGAAAGGAUACCUGGACCACAAAAUCCUACCAGUCAGACUGUCACCAGCCUUUGUUCUUGCCUGUUGUCAAGGCGUUAGCUCAGUGGAUGAAGAACUCUUGAUGAUGUCAUUUUCCAGAUUUCUUUCAGAGGAUGAGCGUGCGUCGCUUGAAAAAGCACUACAGGGCAACAUUGAUGAAACUGUUGAGGAGGACUUACUUGAUGUCUUCUCAAGAAUGGGCUCACGCUGCCUGCCCCCAAAAAACAAUUUACGGGUUGCUAUUUUAACAAUGGCACACAAAGCUCUUCUUCAAGAGCCGAAGUUCAUAAUUGACUGUUUCCACUCCAGUGUUCACAAUGCUAUGCCAAAGCUCAUAACCAAAGACAACAUAAUGGAGCUCUAUGAAUCUAAGAGGCCAACUAACAAGAGAGUGGCCCAGAUGAUAAAACCAUCAACUGAAAGCCUAAAUCCACAAGAGCAGACUGCUCUUAACCACCUGCUACGGUAUGUGAGAAGCAUCGACCAAAGAAAACUGGAGAUCUUCUUACGCUUCUGCACAGGAUCUACUGUGCUGUGCAAUGACACAAUCGAAGUAACUUUUAAUGCAUUGUGUGGGUUAAGUCGCAGGCCUGUAGCACACACAUGUGGAGCAGUUCUUGAGUUACCAUGCACCUACAGCUCAUACCCUGAGUUUCGUAAAGAAUUUGAUAAUGUCUUGUCUGGCGACUGCUUUACAAUGGAUAUUGUGUAGUGAAUGCAAAGGAUCUUGCACAUCCGUCUUCUACACUGAGAUUAUUAUGGCAUUUGUCUGAUGCAAAACUGUUUCUACAGAUUUACAUUUAUUGUUCUUAUUAAAACAGAAACAGUUAAAAUUUUUUGAUUUUUUUUUUUUUCUUAUUGGAAAUGAUUUUUCAGUAAUUUGUUAAUACAUACAGAAAUUUUUCCACAAGACAGUUAAAGUUUCAUAAUUUUGAUAAAUCAGCAGGGUCUGCCCUCACAGGUGAAUGUCCCUUUUUGUACAAUUAUUACAUUUUCAUGUGCAUCUUUUAUGCAAUUGUUAUUCUGAAUGAAGUUCAACAUUCAGCAUUUUUGUCAGCAUUCAACAAAGAAAUACCUGUUCAAUGCACAUACAGUACAAUUUCAAAUGGCUGUUUUUCUUUGAGCCUCAUAUGGCAAAUAUGCUGACAGUUAACUACGAAGAACAUAAUAUUCUAAAAUAAAUAUUCAGUUCCUCUUUCAUGUCCUGCCUUGUUUCUCUUUGUAGUCAGUGUGCAUAUAGUGACUUAUCAAUAAUUUUUGCCCCUAAAUAUUGCUGCAAAUGUUCUUAAUGUCUGUGGCAUAGCACUGUUCAAGUGUAUACAGUGUGCACAUGUUGUACCCCUGAAUAAUCUGAAUAAUAAUCCAUCUCAAAUUAGAGAGCGGAUGUUAUCUCAUUCCUCAAAUGCAGAUACAAAUCCAAUGCUUGAUAAGCAUCAGCAGGAAGAUGCAGCUGUGACUCUGCCAUCAGAAUGUUGCAGAUCUUGUAGAUGUCUGUGUCACAUGGCACUGCUGGUCGAAAUGUGCAGUUACUCUGACACAACUGUACAUCAGCUCUGUCCACUGGGGAAAUGCAGUCAUAAGUUCUGUAGAGUUCUGGGAACAUGUACAUGAUUCGGGGGCGACCACUGGGCACCCUGUCAUUCUUUGAUGGUCUGAUGACAUGUGAAUCCCAC